UCCAGUACAUAAACCAUGGGGCUUCGGGAACUCCGUACGGCGCAGGAACCAGAGGGCUGUCCGCCUAUAACGGUAUCUCUAUCACUUCAGAUAGAAUGCAGUUCGCAAUGACAGCAGACUCUGAGUUAGAGGAGAGAUUUCGUAAGGCCCAGAAUGUUUUGCAUUACGUGAGUAGGCCAGUUGCCUUUUUGGGAAUGUGGCCCGUGAACGUAACUACUGGCAGUCGAAUAAGAAUGAUAUUGUACUUCACAUACCACAUUUAUCGAAUGGGAAUGGAAUUCAUCGACCUCUUCAUGGUUUUUGGGGAUCUUGAACAAGUCAUUGAAAACCUUAUGAUAACUGGAACCCAAGUUGCUAUCAUGAUGAGACUCACAUUUCCAAGAUUCACUACGAGCAUGCGUCGAGUGCUGGACGGAUUGGCUGACUUGCAUCAACGCAACAAGUUCAAUGACACCAGAGAAAUGGAGAUCUUCAUCGAAUACAGCGAUCUUUGCGAAAAAUGUUACAGAAUAGUGGUGUGGGCGGCUACUUUUGCGUGCAUCUCUUGGUACAUGCUACCGGUUCAAACAUAUCUCAUCGUAAAAAUUCGCAAUGGAACAUUCACAUACGAAUCACCUUGGCGAAUGCCUCCGUUCCAGGGGAUGGACAAGCCCGAGGUGAUAAUGUUACUUCAUCUUAUCGAGAUACCAGCGGCAUAUUUGACUGCUUGUUAUUCAUUGACUUACUGCAUAUACUUUACCCUCGUAAAUCAUAUCCGGAGUCAACUUGUCAUCAUGAGUUAUAAAAUCAGGAAUCUGAAAGUUGAUGGUGUGACAACAAUGAGGGAGUUGUUUAAUUCAAUAGUCGAAAAACAUAUCGAAAUACUCCAUAUAUCAAAAUCGUUAGACGAUUGUUCUCAUAUUUAUCUGCUAUUUGAACUCCUCAAUACCAUUCUCACACUUGCAUUACUAUCGUACAACAUAAUGAUGAACAUUAGUCUGAGUGAAACAGCUUUAAUCAUUAAUUUUUUCGUCUACAUGUAUUUCAUGACAGUCCUCGUAUUUGCCAAUUGCUACAUGAGUCAGUGUUUAGAGAAAGAGGCUGUGAAUCUAUUUUAUGCGUUCUACGAACACGAUUGGAGUAAUCUACCUCUGCCAUAUCAGAAAGCAUUUAUAAUCUGCAUGCUGCGUGCUCAAACACCCCUGCACAUCACAGCCGGAAAAUUCUACGAGUUCUCCUUGAGUGGUUUCACGAGUAUCAUGAAAUCCUGUGCAACAAAAAUUGAAGGGAGAUUCAUCAAGGCGCAGAAUAUUUUGGAUUAUGUGAGUCGACCUUUAUGGCUGUUAGGAAUGUGGCCAGUAAAUGUAACGAUGGGCAGUCGCAUUAGAAUGGUUAUGUAUUUUAUCUAUCAUUUUUAUCGAAUUGGAAUGGAGUUGAUUGAGUUUGUCAUGGUUUUUGGGAAUCUUGACCUAGUCAUUGAAAAUCUUAUGAUGACCGGUUUACAAAUAGCUAUGGUCUUGAGGCUGGCUUUACCAAGAUUAGCUGGCAGUAUGCGUCGAGUACUCGAAACAUUGAAGGACUUGCAUCAGCGGAAUAAGUUCAAGGACACGGGGGAGAUGGAAAUAUUUAUUGAAUUCAGUGAACGCAGCGAGAGAUGUUACAAAGUUGUAUUAUGGUGCGCUACCAUUGCUUGUGUCUCCUGGUACGUGUCACCCAUUCAGAACUAUCUUCUUGCUGGAGUUCGCAACGAAACAUUCAUAUAUGAAGCUCCUUGGCGAAUGCCUGAAUUUGUGGCUACCGAAAGACCCGCGGUGGCAUUAAUAGUUCAUAUCAUGGAACUACCGGCGGUGUACAUCUCCUAUUGCUACAUGAUAUCCUACUCUGUAUAUCUCACGCUGAUAAAUCACAUUCGAUGCCAAUUAGCCAUUGUAAGUUACGAAGUGAGGAAUUUUAAGGUCGAUAGAAUGGGUCAUACGAAGGAGGUGCUCAGUCCCAUUGUUGAACGACAUAUCACAGCACUUCAUGUAGCAAAAUCAUUGAGUGAUUGUACUCAUAUUUCCCUUCUGGCUGAGCUGUUCGCCGUAAGUGUCACGCUUGCAUUGCUGAUGUACAACAUAAUGGUGGUUUCAGAAAGUGCCAGCUCCCAGAACCGCAUUAAAAUGAUAAACUUUGGAAUGUACGUUGUGAAUAUGCUCCUUAUCAUGUUUGCAAAUUGCUAUAUGGGUCAGAGUUUGGAAGAUGAGGGGCUGAAUCUAUCCGAUGCAUUUUAUAACAACGAUUGGACCAAUCUGCCAGUCUCAGUUCAGAAAUCAUUUGUAAUAUGUAUCAUACAUUCUCAAAGACGAUUACAACUUACUGCUGGAAAAUUCUAUAAGUUUUCUCUGAAUGGUUUCACAAAGGUUAAUAUUUAUAUUAUUGCUUUCAUAAUGAAUUCCCUCGACUCAUUGCCAUUCUUUACAGACCAUGAAAUCAAUCAUUGCGUUUUACUCAAUGCUGAGGACAACGACUUAAACUCAGUGGAUUAUUGUCUUCGCGUGUUGUUCCCCCUGUUUUCAGUCUUCAUUCAAUCGACAAUGACACCGGAUAGUGAACUAGAGGAGCGAUUUAGACAGGCUCAGGACGUAUUGUCUCAAGUGAGCUUGCCAUUGGUGCACCUAGGUCUCUGGCCACUACAUCCGACAGUUGGCAGCCGGCUAAAACUCUUCAUCUACUUCCUAUAUCAUGGGUCCCGCAUGAUAUUCGAACUGAUUGAACUAGUCACAGUUCUUGACGACCUUCAACAAGUCGUCGACAAUCUCAUGACGACAAGUACUCAGAUAGUUUUAAUGUCACGAGUAACGACAUUCCGGUUUCACUGGCUGAGUCGUAAAAUCAUCAACACAAUGAACCAACUUCAUACGUCAGACAAUUUCAAUGAUUCCAUGGAGACGGAAAUUUUCAUUGAACACAGAGAAAGUUCUAAAAGCUUCCAGAAGUUCAUGCUGCCACCAGUGAUUCUGUGCACCGUCUCCUGGUACAUGACACCCUUGGGUUAUCACAUUAUUGGUAUCCUACAGAAUACGACAGUUCCUCUCGUGGCACCUUAUCGCAUGCCAGCGUUCAUUGACAUGUCCAGGUCCGAUGUGGCAGUUGGUGUCUAUAUUUAUGAAUUACCAAUGCUGUAUUCUGGUGUUCUCUAUCUAACAACAUACAGCAUACAUCUCACAUUCAUCAACGACAUCUGUGCCCACUUGAUCAUACUCUCUCAUAGAAUCAGAAGUGUCAAGAUGGACAGGUCGUCUGAUAUUCGGAAGGUGAUUGGUCGUUUCGUUGAGAAGCAUAUCGUGAUCAUGAAGGUAGCAAACCAAUUGGACAACUGUACGAGUCUGUAUCUGCUAUUUGAGCUUUUCAGCACAACUCUCCUGAUUGGAUUGUGCUCGUACAACAUCGUGGUGAAUAUUAGCACCAGUGAAAAGGUAUUACUUUUCAACUAUUUGCUGUAUAUGCUCAUUAUUGUAUUCCUUGUCUAUAUCAAUUGUAGUAUGGGUCAACGUCUAGAUACUGAGGCGGCGAAUCUCUUUGUGACUCUCGGAGAAUGCGAAUGGCACAAUCUACCCCGAUCGUUCCAGAAAGCUCAAAUAAUGUGUAUGUUACAAGCUCGAACUCCGUUACAAAUGACAGCCGGACAUUUCUACAAAUUUUCAUUGGAAAGUUUCACCAGUAUCUUGAAGACAUCCAUGGCAUACGUUUCAAUGUUGAGGAGAAUUAUUUAAAGAAAAUUAUCAACUAAAUUGGAAGCUUGGAAAAUCAAACUUGAAGAGUGUAGGCAUAUUUUGUUUAUGAAAAUAAAUGGUACGGUUUUCAGUGCACGCUAUUGAAAUCAUUUCGUGUGAACGCAAAGGCUCUUGUACUGUAGUACGAGCCUUGUGCCAUUCCACAUUUUUUGCACACGAUGACAAAUAGUAUAUUUCGAUACAAGUGCGACAGGCUAGCAACGAGUGUGCAGUUGGCAGCCCGAGGUGACGCCGAGAUUCCAGUAAUUUAUUAUUAUCAUGUCAAAAAUUCUGAGUAGUCCCUCGGUUGCAACGAAAAAAAACAUAUUUUUGACAAAUAACCAUUGACUUCCGAAGAGUAAUUAUUUUUUCAAUUCGCUCUAAAAAAAUAUCACUGAAAUGUCGUGAGAUUCCUUAAAAUCCACUGAUUUUACUAAAAUUGUUGGUACGUCGUAUGAAAAUUGAGCACUUUGGUAAAGACAAGUUCAAAUAUCGCAGUUGAAAUGCUACCUAGUUGAAACAUUGGGACACCUUAUCCAUCGAUUAAUUGUGAUGCAUUAAU